AUGCCUCCUGGAGAGGAAUCGGAACCUCAACGUCGAAAACGAAAGCGGACACUUGAGAUCGCGCGGUCGACUGAUACUCUUCAACCGCCGGUCAAACGCCAAAAACGUUCGCAACGCGGCAGGACACCUCCUGAGUUCUGGGAUAAUCUCUCUCGAGUGCCGCUCUGUCGUCGCGCACUUCGAGAGUUCAACAGGAGGACAAUUCGGCCUGUUGCACUAGAGCCGCCAGCGCGGUCCGUCCUGAAGGAAGAUCUAGUCAAACAGCUGAAGCGCUUUGCUCGCCACGGUGGUCCAAACCUUCGCGAUAUCAGAGGAUACCCAGCACCGCAGACAGAAGCCGUCCGCACAAUGAGUUCAAGCCAAUCCCGUUCAAGCCGUUCCCGAAUCGGAACUGGAACCGACCCUUCCAGUGCGCCGAGCCAAAGUACGCGGAAGACAACUUUAUCAUCAAGAGAUCCUGCCUUUGAGCAGGCGCUUAUUGAUGCAGGAUAUCGUCCAUACAAUCGAGGUCCAAAACAGAACAAUUUUGAGGAAGCAAAAGAACGGCUCGCUCAGCCAAGGCCUUCCCUGUCACCUUCCCAGUUCUCUGAUGGAGCUUUUGAAGGCUUUCAAUCAAAGAAUGACGAGGCCAAAACUGAAGCAGUCGUGAGAAGCAAGGUCUUCCCGAUUAUCGAAGGCAACACCACUAUACCGUCGGGCCAGGACGAAGUCUUCAACCACGUCCAGCCGUUGGCUAGUGGUAUUUCGAACGCAAAGCCAGACUACUAUUACGGCUCUUGCCCCACAGAACUCGACCCGCGUGUGCGGAAGGACCUCGCGCCGUACAUCAUCCCGUGCACUGAUACGUCAAGGCCGUUGCUCGCGAAUCACUUUACGGAACUAAAAGGGCCAGACGGGAAAGCUUCCGAGAUGAAGCGGCAGAUCACUCAGGAUCUCGGAAUCGGCGCGCGCGGCAUGCUCGCAAUCCAGUCGUACGGGCAGGCCGGCUAUACGUACGACGGCAACGCGUACACGCUCGGGUCGACGUACCACAGCGGCACCGGCACGCUGCAGCUGUACGCGAUGCACCCCACGCAGCCAGAGGAUCCGAGCGGCCAGCCGCAGUACCAUACGACUCAAAUACGCAGUUUCGGAAUGACCGACACCGCUGAGACCUUCCGCCAAGGAGCGACGUGGUAUAGGAACUCAAGAGAUCUGGCGAAGGAGUGGAGGGACUCCGCAAUCGUGCAAGCAAAUGCGACGGCAGUCACACAAGCCAGUGUGACGGCAAAUGCGGAAUACGGAGAGGCGUCCGAAACUUCGCCGGGGGUAGCCUACGAGUCUCAAAGCCAGGAGACCGUUACCUCGCAGGAUGGAUAUGGCGAGGCGUCUGACCCUUCGGGCGCUCCAUACGGAUCUCAAAGCCACGAGGAGACUGUUACCACUGAGGACGAGGUCUAUUUCACAAGCCAAUCCGCACAGGACUCAGAGACAUCGAUAGACGACCCUGCUCCCGACAUGCAUCCACGCAAGCGUAACCCUAAAUCGCGCAAUUCCCGUCCGCGAAAGCGUAACACUGCUAGCUCAAGUAGCCAAGGAAGUAUUGCUGUGGAAUCCUGGACAUUCGCGGAUGGCAGAUUCCACUGCUUCCAGGGCCGUAAGAAGGUUCGCUCGCAGGGCGAUCAACCCCGCGAUGUCUGGGUGCAUAACGAGAAGGGAUGGCCCAACGGCGGAGAAAAAUUGUGGUGCCUCUGGAAAUCGGAUGGGACCGCGGAUUACCGUUGA